AUGUCGUCCAGUUCCACUGUCACGGCCAACCCACAAGAGGUCAAAGAUGAAGUUGCUGUUACGGAGACCGCUCCCGUGUCGCAGACCCUUGCCCAAGUGCGCUCGUUCAUAGCAGGCGGUGUCGGCGGCGUCUGUGCAGUGAUUGUCGGCCAUCCGUUCGAUCUGGUCAAGGUCCGCAUGCAGACGGCAGAGAAGGGUGUCUACACGGGUGCAAUUGAUGUUGUUAAGAAGACUGUGGCUCGUGAAGGACUGGCCAAGGGGCUUUAUGCAGGAGUGUCAGCGCCCUUGGCUGGGGUGACUCCAAUGUUUGCUGUGAGCUUCUGGGGUUACGACUUGGGCAAGACCCUUGUCAGCACUCUGUCGACGGUCCCAGUCAAGAAUGAUGUCCCCCAAUACUCCAUCGCCCAGAUCUCCGCCGCCGGCGCCUUUUCUGCAGUCCCAAUGACGUUGAUCACGGCCCCAUUCGAGCGAGUGAAAGUGCUGCUGCAGAUUCAGGGCCAGAAUCCUCCCCCGCCCGGUCAGAAGCCCAAGUACUCUGGUGGUCUGGACGUCGUGCGGCAGUUGUAUAAGGAAGGUGGAAUUCGCAGUGUGUUCCGUGGCAGUGCCAUGACACUGGCUCGAGACAGCCCGGGCUCUGCGGCGUACUUUGCCGCAUAUGAGUACAUCAAGCGCAGCCUGACGCCCAAGGACGCCGACGGGAACGUCACUGGCGACCUGUCGCUGACAGCGGUUCUGACCGCAGGCGGUGCGGCCGGCGUUGCCAUGUGGAUUCCCGUGUUCCCAGUCGAUACGGUGAAGUCGCGGAUGCAGAGUGCGGAUGGACGACCGACAAUUGGCGGAACGAUUCGCUCUAUAUACAGCAACGGAGGGUUCAAGGCGUUUUUCCCUGGAUUCGGACCUGCUCUGGCAAGAGCGGUGCCUGCGAACGCGGCCACUUUAGUACAUGCACUAGACGGGGGCGGGAUUUAUCCUAUAUUCCUCGCCAUACACUUGCACGGGACCGCUCGUUAUCUUCGGAAUACAAAAUCAGGAAAUCAAGAGCGAUGGAGGAACGAAAAAGAAAAAGAAAGAAAGAAAGAAAGGGAAAUUAUCCAUUUAUUGAUUAGGCAGACUUGUUCUACUCUAGCUAAGGUGACGGCAACGGCCCAUCCGAACCGAUACGAUCAUACGCGAGCUCCAAGCGAGCAGACGAAACAAUAUCCACCGGCAGACCAGCAACAUACUCCGUACGGGCCUGGCAAACAAACAAGCGUGGUCGGGAUUUCCUUAGCCAUAGCUUCCUGGAGAAGAGACGGUGAACGCAUGAUUGCCCCUCAUAUCGAGAAAUUCGAGAGGAUGGGUCUUCAAGGCACGGCACUGUGUCUGUUCGUGACCGUAGCGUGCGGCCUGCAGUAUCUGCUGUACGGAUACGAUCAAGGUUUCAUGUCCGGCGUGCUCAUCGCGGACGACUUCCUUGCCACCAUGGACCAGCCAUCAACUUUCAUGCAGGGCUUGAUGGCCAGCAUCUACGACAUGGGAUGCUUCUUCGGCUGUGCAGUCAGCAUGGUCUUCAGUCAGAAGCUCGGGCGAAGAUACCCCAUCGUUGUCGGGACUAUCGUCGUCGUUGCGGGGGCCGUCAUCCAGACCGCGUCGUAUGGGAGGCCACAGUUUAUCGUGGGCCGGAUAGUGUCCGGUCUGGGGACGGGGCUGAAUACCUCGAUUAUUCCAAUCUGGCAGGCUGAAACCCUCCCAGCGAGAAAACGUGAGAGAUUCGGCACCCUUCAAUAUCUACUCGUCUGCACUGGGGCCUCUGUAUCGUACUGGAUGAACUAUGCGCUGUCGUAUGCCGGUGGGCAAUUCGAGUGGCGGUUCGCAAUCGCAGCCCAACUGGUCUUUGCUGUCAUGUUACUCGCCAUUAUCCCCUUCAUGCCGGAAUCCCCCCGGUGGCUCAUCAUGCAGGACCGUAACGAGGAAGCUAUCCACAUCGUGAAGCGCAUGCACGGCGUGACCAACGACGACGAUGAGGAGGUCCAGACAGAGCUGAAGCUGAUCCACCAGGCCCUCGAACUGGAGAUGAUGGCUGGCGCCAGCGGUUUCUGGGAUCUGUUCAAGAUGGGAGACACGCAGAACCUACGCCGGAUCAUACUCGGCUGGUGGAUGAUGGCCAUGGUUAUGUGGUCGGGCGUUUGUUCGAUUGGAUACUACAUCUCGUAUCUGUUCGAGACCAGUGUCGGGCUGAGCCACAAUCUCUCCUUGCUGCUGUCGGGAUUCAACGGGUUGUGUAAAUGA